AUGAAUAGCAGGUCUGUUCCAGCAGCUGCACGUCCCGGUCCAGCGAAGAGAGAGUCUCCAAGAGCACAGAGUGCCCCGCUCCGUGCGCAGUCUGCAAGGAAGAGACCUGGGGGCAAAAGGAUGGCCUCGGAAGGGGAGAGCAUCAAUCUUCAAGGCGUGAAUCCUCAGCUCCGGAUUAACGGGCCGAUGAACAUCAACCACUAUGCGACGAAGAAGAGCGUGGCAGAGAGCAUGCUGGACGUGGCGCUGUUCAUGGCGAACGUCACGCAGCUCAAAGCGGUGCUGGAGCAGGGGCCUUCCUUCCAGUACUACGCCACCCUCAUCGUGCUCAUCAGCAUCUCCCUCUUCUUCCAGGUGAUGAUUGGGAUUCUCCUCAUCAUCACCGCUCGUUUGAACCUGAACGAUGUUGCAAAGCAACCCCGCCUGAAUAUACUCAACAAUGCUGCCACAGCUCUCAUCUUCAUCACAGUCAUCCUCAACAUCUUCAUCACAGCCUUUGGGGUGCAGAAGACUGGCCUCUACCCUACCAGGAAUUUUCGACCUUAUUAAGUCAUGGGGCAAUAGAUUCAGGAUCUGAGCAGCGCGGCCGGUGGGGAAAGCUCUACUCCUCUGCGUUUUCACUGACCUCAGCAGGAGCCCUUCGAC